CAUGGCCGUACCCCUCUACAUCUUGCUGCCUACAAGGGGCAUCUCCAUGUUGUCCAGAUUUUGCUGAAGGCAGGCUGUGACCUGGACAUUCAGGAUGAUAUGUACUUUAAAAAAACUAAGAGACAUGAGAAUUAGUUGAAGAAUGACCUCCAGUGGCCUGGAGUGGGAUUAUUAUGAAUUUCAACCUGUGGAAACCAGCUCUAUAGAGUAUGCAACUCCAGGAACUAAUUCUUUCCUUCUCUCUGCUAAUCCUGCAAACUCUUAUUGGAAUGCUAAUACAAUCUCUGAUUGGUCAAUGAGUAUUCAUACAGCACAUACUUCAGAAAUAGUCAAGGAGAAAGUUGCCCUGGUCAAAGGAAUCAAGGAAGAAAAAGAGGAGAAAAACCAGAGGAGAAAGGCUAGGAAGGAACCUAGAAGAUCAGAAAGAGAGAAGGAGGGCGAUCAGACUGCCUUGCACCGGGCUACUGUUGUAGGAAAUACAGAUGUAAUAGCAACUCUCAUUCAAGAGGGGUGUGCUUUGGACAGACAAGACAAGGAUGGGAAUACAGCGCUUCAUGAAGCAUGUUGGCAUGGAUUCAGUCAGUCCGCCAAACUGCUUGUUAAAGCAGGGGCUAAUGUUCUAGCCAGAAACAAGGCAGGUAACACACCUCUGCACUUGGCCUGCCAAAAUAGCCACUCUCAAAGUACUCGUGUUUUGUUACUUGGAGGAUCUCGGGCAGAUCUAAAAAAUAAUGCAGGAGAUACCUGUUUGCACGUUGCUGCUCGUUAUAAUCACUUGCCCAUCAUUAGGGUACUCCUCAGUGCUUUCUGUUCUGUCCAUGAAAAGAACCAGGCUGGAGAUACUGCACUUCAUGUUGCUGCUGCAUUAAAUCAUAAAAAGGUGGUCAAACUCUUACUGGAAGCAGGAGCUGAUGGGACAAUUGUCAACAAUGCAGGUCAGACUCCUCUAGAGGUUGCUAGACAGCACAAUAAUCCUGAGGUUGCUCUUCUCCUUGCUAAGGCACCACAGGUUUUGCGUUUUAACCGUGGAAGAAGCCUUAGAAAGAAGAGAGAGAAACUCAAAGAGGAAAGGCGAGCUCAGUCUGUGCCAAGAGACGAGGUGGUACAGAGUAAGGGCAGUGUCUCAGCUGCUGAGGAUACUCACAGCAGUGACCAGGUGCCUCAGAGGAAAGGAGAGCUGAAAGAUGAUCCCCACUCAGCUUCACCAGAGCCCAAAGGAAAGAACAACAAAAAGAGAAAGCCAAGAGAAAAGAUUUCAGCACUCUCGGACCCUGCUUCACCAGCUGACCAGCAAACAGUCUCUGGUCCCCAGCAAAGCUUGCCUAAGCAUCGUAGAAGUAAACAUCGUUGCUCAUCUCCACCACCCCCACAUGAGUUCAGAGCCUACCAGCUUUACACAUUGUAUCGUGGAAAGGAUGGAAAAGUAAUGCAGGCCCCAAUAAACGGAUGUCGUUGUGAGCCACUGAUUAAUAAACUGGAGAAUCAGCUAGAGGCAACGGUGGAGGAGAUAAAAGCUGAGUUUGGGACAGUGCAGGAUAAGAUGAAUAUCAAGCUGGGCCAGAUGGAAAACAAAACUCAACAUCAACUCCGUGUUUUAGAUAAGUUAAUGGCUGAGAGACUGUCUGCAGAGAGAACAGAGUGCCUUCAUCGUCUUCAACAGCAUGCUGAGCUUGAAAAAAAUGAGGGAGAAAAACGGCAGAUUUCCUUGGUGGAUGAAUUGAAAUCCUGGUGCAUGUUAAAGAUUCAGAAUCUGGAGCUGAAGCUUUCUGGAGAUUCUCGGUCUUCAAGACCAAAAUCAACUCUGUCCACUUGUGAGUCCCUCACUGAGACCCUGGAUACAGAGAACCUCCAUACUGCCAAAGACUGUAGAACUAACCAGAGCCCACUACAGUCAGAGGACUCACAGCAGCAUUCUUAUAUCACACUUCAGAACAGUCUCUCAGGAGACAUCGGGAGAAGUAGAGUCCAGACAUCAGAACAAAGCUUUGGAAAGCAUUACUGUCCUGUUCAACAGGACACUACAUCAGGUGCAGAGCAACAAAUGACAGCUGGUGGUACAGCUCCUUCUGCAAUCCCUCAAGUUGUUAGGCCUAAAGACAAAGCUUUUAGUUCCGCUGCUUUUGACAGAUUCCAGCAGGAAGUGCCAUUGUCAGAGCAUUCAGGUUCCAAAUUAAGGCAUGUUAAGGUACAAACUGCUUUGCAGCCCCUGAGUGUGUGUGAAAAGACUGAGCAACAGAGUGGGUACUUCAUAAACAAAGGAACUCAAACCAAGAAGUCUGGCAAAAGUGGGCAGUCCAGACACAGACCCCAGCAACAUACAGUAACGUAUCAUACCCAGCCACAGCAACCAUCUGCUCUGCCUGGAGAUCAACCAGCCCCACAGAUCAAAGACACUUCACAAGCUUUGGAGAUCACUCAGUACUUUUUUGAGGCUGUUUCCACUCAAAUGGAAAAGUGGUAUGAGCGCAAGAUUGAAGAAGCCCAGUGCCAAGCUAAUCAAAAAGCACAGCAAGACAAAGAUGCACUCAAGGAGUAUAUUAAAAGUUUAGAAGAAGAGCUCAAUAAAUUAAGGACGAAAGUGCAAAAAGAAAGCUAGCAUCAACAAAAUAUGUGUAGGAAUGGAAAUUGAGGAAUUCGUUUUUAUUUGAACUAUGGUGUGGCUGAUUUGGGGAUUGAUUAGCAUGUAAAGUAUUACACCCAAUACCUACAAAUAUAAAAACUGACCCUUUUAAUAAGAUGUAAUGUUUGAGUUAAGAAACUCCAGAAUUACAGGGAAUUAAUAUUAAAAAAAGAUUCUGUCCAUGUAGUCACAGUAAAUCUCUGCAGGUGGGACUAUUUUGUGAGAUUCAUUUUAUUCCAAGCCCAUAAAAUUUUACAGUCAGAAAUUAGAAUUACCAGGUAUUUCACCACAAGGUACCAAUAACCUAAAUUACAUUGUGAAAGAUGAGUUUUCCCAUUUCCUUGUAGGUCACAAAAAACAUCCAUUUGAAAUUAUUUUUUUAGAAAUAAGUUACUUGUUUAUAGCAGCUUCCCACUGAUACUUCCCUUUGCCUUAGGUUUGCAUUAUUCAUGCACAUUAUAACUUUGACUUCUCUGUAACUGUUUUGAAUAAUUAUUACAGGUUAUGUGAUUAGUGAAGGUAUUUGUAUUCAAGUAACCUUACUGAAAAGUUGUAAUUUCUUAUUUCAGUUGAGUGGCAAAUAUUUUCCCAAGAUCCCACUAUGUUUUAUGAGCAGCAGUACAUUCAUAGGCAAGACUCUUCCUCUGAGAUGUCUCAUUCUCCUGUAGAAAAUUGGAAUUUAAACACAUAGACCCAGUGUGAAUUGCUGGCUCUAUUGAAGUCAGUGACAAAGCUCCCACUGUCUUCAGUAUGGCCAGAAUUACACUCCAAACUACUUGCCUCACAUGUUAUCCCUCGUCACUUAAGAGGUGCUAGAGACGUUAAAAUUUGUAUAUUUUUGAAAUUUUCAGUGGUUACAUGUUUACACAGCGGAGGCAGAAGCCAAUAUUUAUGGGGAGCCAGCUUUUAAUUUGGCUCCCUAUGAGCACUAUGGGAUCCUGCCUCCCCUCCCUCACUGCUGCCUCUGAUACAGAGGCAGUGGAGGGGCAGUGAGCUCUGCGGAAGGCAGCAGCCUAGUGGGGAGGGGAGAGGCAGCUCCAUAGGAGCCAGCUCCACACAUGCACUGGUUCCCACCUCUCCCCCUGUGCUGCUGCCUCUGAUAGAGAGGCAGCAGCAGGGGGUGAGGGCAGUGUGUGUGUGUAACUGUGUACACGUUCACAUACCUUUAAGUGUCCUCCUCUUUCUUUUUUUUUUUCCACAUCCAAUUCCCUUUAAGUAAAAAAGGGAAGAAUUAUGUAUGUCCAUUGUUUUCUAAAGGAAAAUCCAUUCCACAGAUCACCAGUCUUAAUAAUUACACAACUGCAAAAUGACUAGUGGAAUGCCAAGGCUGACUGAACGGAACAGGAAAUUCUGGUAGCAGUUUGCCUACAUCUUUUUCCAUAAAAUGAAAACUUCCAACCUUAAUGAACUGCUAUUGAGAAUAUUUGUUUAUCAGCGUUUAUACUGCAGUAGUAUCUUAAGGCCUUAACUGUGUCGGGCCCCAGUUCCGCUCAGUAAUGUACAAACAUAAAUUACCAUAUAUAGCUGCAGUUCUAGCCCUCUUAAUCUCUUAGGGGGCUCCAAAAAAUACUGAUAAUAGAGACAAGGUUAUUUAACAGAGAUCAUGAUAAUCCAGGAACAGCUAUCCUAAAUUACUCCACUUAAAAAACUGUAAUAUUAUGACAAGGGAAAAAAAGCAAGCAAUCUCUUGACUAAAAAUCCAGAUGACCAAAUCAUACUUCACAGUAUUGUAAACAUGACAUUAACUCUUUAGAAAUUGAGCUUGUAUCUUUUUUAGUAAGUGUAUAAAGCAAAGAAAAUUGUAUUAUAUUACAGUAUUUUUAAUUCGUCUUAAUGCACUAUUAAGACAAGUACAGUGUAUCUGUAGUAAUGGGGAUAUCUUUUAUUGGUAAUGCUUUGACUUCAGUAGUCAAAAAUAAUUAGACAUUUUCAUGUUUACAACUUUUUACAGACAAUUGUUUAAACUACUGUAGGAAUGCAGAAGCAUGUUGUCUAUUUAAUUUUUGUAUUGUCUUGAUACAAAAGGUGAAUGUUUUUGCAGAGUAAUUAAACUUAAGUGUUGUUCAGAAAGCUAUCUUUCAUGAGUUUUCUGGCGUUACAGAUUUGAAUAUUGUAGUUCAGGAGUAGGAACUAAGAGGCUUCUUAAAAUAAUAAUUAUAGAGGUCCCCUGAAUUCUAAUCCCAGUUUUCCCGCUAAUUUACUGUUUCUAAAGUAUAGAUGUGGAUAAUAUUUAAUUUCUGUCCUUAUCAUAGAGAACUGCUGUAAUGAUUAACUAAUUUAGGGGCAGGUAUUAUUCAUCCAACCAAAUAUUUACCAUCUGACAUAGGAAAAGGGGAGCCUUUUCUGGCAUUCUCCCCCACCCCCUAUUCUACACAAAAGGCACAAUUUAAGGAUUCUUGACUGCUACAAACCUAAUCCACAUAACUUUUUACAGACACACCCAAAGUGAAUCCCUGUAUUCCAGGAGAGUUUCUAAUUCCUGCAUGAACUCCUACAGAGCUCAUAACUCGUAGGUUUCUGGCCAAAAAAUUCACAUCAUACUUACUGGAGCCUGACUCCUUAACAGAACCAGUUGGCUUAGACACCUCAUGGGAUGCUCUCAGUCAAGAACUGUAUCUCAGGUGGAAGUCUUAAAUUGUCCAAAGUGGGUCAGAAGUGACAAAGUUAGUUUUGAUCUGUAACGUUUGGUACAUAAAAUUGUUCAUAAAAACUAAGCAUAAGCUUGAGUAAAGAAAUUUAUAAACUGGAUGUCUGAACUAAAAACUGUGAAUACACAGGUUAAAGACAGGUAAGAACACAGAAUUGCUAUAACAAAUUAAAGUGAAAGGAAAUGCCCGUGCUUAGGAUUGCUAGAUGUUGGUUUUGAUUAACAGUGUCACUCCUUUCUGUAUAUGCUUUUCUGGAGGUAGCUGACAGCUUGUUGAGUGGAGAGAUAAGAAAGGCUUUACUGAGAGUCAGAGCUUCACAAAUCAUGGUUGUCGCCCUUCUCUUCACUUGCUAAGUCCUGAGGAUCUUCUGCCACAUCAUUCUCCUGCAUCAGAAUGAUGCUCUGAUCUCAUGAGGAUAGUGGAGGGAGACAAAAAACAUUGCAAUGCCUGGGAUAUGAACUGGAUAUUCCUUACUCUCUGUUUGUGUGUCAGUGCCUCCUUAUUUCUUCUACCUCUUUUUUGGCUUCUGUCCCCUCUUGGCCUACACUAGGGAGAUAUCUCAAAAUAAGGGGGGGUUAUGUUGAAAUAAAUGGAGUGUCCUCAAAAUAAUGGUCUUAUUAGUGAAGUAACAACUCCUGCUUUCCACGAGGAAUAAUGCUAAUUUUGAAAUAUAGAUUGUACAUCUGAAAACUGAUACUCGUUGGUCCAGCAACAUCCUUGGUCCUUGAACCACAGAUAAUCCUGGACCAGAGCGCCCUGGAGCUGAAUGGAAGCCUGGAGGAACCUCACAGCAGUGCUGAGGCCAGGCACUGGGACCACAUUGCCUCAAGAAGGCCUGUCCCAGCCCCCAAAAUCCACAAUGUUAGAUACAAUACACUAGGUGCUGGACAGAAAAGAACAAAAAACAAUUAGACAA